AUGAAUUUUGUUCCCUUAGUUCUUCCCUCUCAAUUCUCUCUUCAGUCUCCAUUGUUGACAAUCUUUGCACAGUGCGGACUGCUUUCACUAACCGGCGGCCGAAUUCCGUCGUCAACUAGUCGACCAGCCAUCACUUCCACUCGGCCAUCCGAUUUAAAAGAUUUUCCUCAAGAAGGCCGCGUUCCGCUCAUCUGGGCCGCCGGCGCUCGACGGGUUGCAGCCUGGGUUGUCCUUCCUCAGGUUCUCGAACCAGGCGACGUAUUUUCGCAGGCGAGGACAUUCUCUGCGUCGGACAUAGCUGAAUAUUCGAAGCUUACCCGCGACUUCAACCCGAUCCACUCCGACCCGGACCGCGCCAAAAUCGCAGGCUUCGACGGAGUCCCCGUCCCCGGCGUCCUCGUGGCCUCGCUCUUCCCAAGGAUAAUCGCCUCGAGCUUCCCCGGCGCGGUGUACGCGAGGCAGACGCUGGAGUUCAGGUCCCCGGCGUACGUCGGCGAGGAGAUUCUCGGCCGAGUCACCGCCGGUGAGGUCAGACGGCUGGGUGAGAAUAAGUUCUUGGUAAAAUUCCGGACGGAUUGCUACAAUGGCGGCGGCGAUUGUAACAGUCUUGUGAUUGGCGGCGAGGCCACCGCGAUUUUGCCCUCUUUGGAGGUGGUGAAGCUCGAGGGAGGCGGCCAUGGCGGUUAG